AUUACAAGAUAUACCAAGUCCCAGAGCCAGCAGGUGGUGCAAUUCUAAUAUCAAUAAUGAACAUCAUGGAGGGCUAUAACCUAACUAAAUCAUUACACAAUGACCCUCUAACUUACCAUAGAUUAAUAGAGGCUUUCAAGUUUGCCUAUGCCCAGAAGACCAGACUUGGUGACCCAAAGUAUGUACCAGAUGUGAAUAAUCUCACCAAUAUUAUUAUCACCAAAGAAAAUGCGUUGAAGAUAAGAAACAAAAUAAAUGAUGACAAAACAUUUGACCCAGAUCACUAUGAUCCACAUUUUCCUUCUCAAUCACAUGGUACUGCAACUGUUACUGUUCAAGAUAGUGAAGGCAACAUGGUCGCUGUCACAACGACUGUGAAUACUCGAUUUGGUAGUGCCGUUAUGACAAAUAGCAGUAUAUUGUUGAACAAUGAGAUGUCAGAUUUCAGUUGGCCAACUCAACAUCCGCAGCAAAUUUUCCCUGUUAGUGAGUCGAAUUACAUCCAGCCAGGAAAGCGCCCUCAAUCAGCUACCGUGCCAACAAUCGUCUUGAAUUCUCGAAGUCCCUGUGACCGUAGAAUUACUCUAGGUGGCAAUGGAGGAACGACGAUCACUACUGGAAUAGCGCAAAUUCUACUAGACUUGUUAUCUUAUGGGAAUUCAACUAAAGAUAGUAUCAUUAAACCUAGAGUUCAUCAUGAACUUAUUCCAAAUAAAUUACUUGUAGAAGCAAAGCUUUCUAAGACAAUUGUUGAUGAGUUGAAAACAAAAGGACAUAAUAUAAGCAUUCAAGAACCAGUAGGGAAUGAAUUAAUGGCGAUAAUGAUGACAAACGAUAAGAUAUCUGCAUAUGCUGAUGAUAGGAAGAAAGGAUCCGGAGCUGUAAUCUUCUGA